AUGGCGAGCACAUGGGAUUGGGAGUAUGUCAAAGAUGAGCACUUGCCGCUGCUGGAGGCCAUCCGUGACGGUGACGAGGACGGGUUCUACGCGGCGCUGGCCGGUGGCGGCGGGCCAGAGGAGGAGGCGGUUGGAGCCGGCCGAGGCACGGCUACUGGGCCAGCGCCGCUGGCGGCCGCGGUCCUGUUCGAGCGUCCGGCCAUGGCCGAGUACCUACUCGACGACGUUGCGGUUGAUGUCGAGUCCCGCGCCCGUGGCGACGACUGGGCCCACACCCUCACUCCGCUGCUCCUUGCCGCCCACGUCGGCCACGACGCUAUGGCCGACCUACUGCUUGCCCGCAACGCCGAUCCGGCUGCCACCACCAUCGGCCGCGAUGACGGCGAGCUCGACGCCGCCGCCGUCGCUGCUGCCGCCGGCCACGAUGCCCUUGCCGCCACCCUCUCAGCCGCCGCCGCGCCCAAGGUUCCUGCUCUUGGCGACACGGUCGGCGAGCUCAAGCUGGUGAUUGCGUCACAAACGGGCCCGCAGCCGAUGUGCAUCCGCCUGCAGAAGGCUGAUCGAGUGUACAAAGAUCACAUCAUACUCGCCGACUACGAGAUCCCCGAUGUGUUCAACUUUGAGAUGUUCUACAACUAAGUUGUGAUGCAUGUUUACGGCGACCCAGUUCCGCGUGACCACGACUUGCUGCG